AUUCGCUUUAAAAUUCCCCUCACAAACAUCGCCUUCCUGCUUUCCGCUUCUCCUGCUCCAUCUGCGACACCCAGCUGCUUCUACUUGACGCGCUUUCUUCAUAUUCACGUCUUUCUUUUCUCUUCUACAUCUUGCAUGCCCACCGCAUAUAUUCUAACGAAUGUCACAACAGCAUAGUACCCCAGCUACGCCUCUGCCCCCCUCGCGCGGCGGCGAAUCUCCCAUCGGCCGGCCAUCCUUCUCUCCUCAGCCCCGUCCAUCCGAUGGCUCAGAAGGCUACCCGUCGUGGCUUCCCAAACGUCCACCUCCGCCAGCACCUGCGUCCACCCUCCACUCGGUCGCCCAUGGUAUGUACGACUCUCCUGAGCCGGAGCCGACAUAUACUAUAGGCCGAAAACCGACCCCACGAUCGGUCCGCAUGGUCAACCUUCCCACCGAUACUGGUCUGCACGGCGAUCGACGCGAGCCCACUGACCAGACCCGCGUCCCGAGCAACCCGCGUCACUCUCGCGUCUGGUCCCGCAUCACCUCCGCCGGCCGCUCCCCCACCCUCGCGUCCGCGCUGCACGCUCAAGAACGCCUGCCGCGCCCCCGCCUCCGCGCCGUCGGCCUUCAUCCGGAGCUCGUUCGCAAUCCGUCUAUUCUUGCGCACAUAUAUUUUUAUUUGCUUCCACUCUUCACCUUCUACCACGUUCCCCUGCAGACCUUCUUCGACUUCAAUGCUGUAUUUAUAUUACUAGAGGUGGCCAAGUACCCCAAUCCUUCCGCUCCCGGCGUCCCUGGCUCAGGCAAGAACUGGGCACUCGGUGCUGCUGCCUAUAUCGCAAGCUGGGCUGUAUGGAUCUUCAUUGUUACGAUUAUGUACGAAGUCAUAUACUCCUUCUACCGUAGAUGGCGCGUCAAGCGUCCCCUUCUCGUGCCGCUGUACUUAUCGACAUCCGCUUUCAACCUGGCUUCGAUGACAUCCUACAGCCACUUCAGCCUCAUGCAGCACAUCCGCUGGUCUGCCUUUUUCGGUGAAAGUGGCAGCAUUCGGGACGGUCUCGCGGAGACUUUUUGGUGGUACUCCCAGAACCUUCCCACCGUCGCACUCCUCCUGCCCCGGGCGGGCCUCUGCCUCGCGCUCUUGUUCGCAUUCUCGUUUCCCAACCCAGAGUACGUCAGCCUGCUCGAUGCGGGCGCGUCAAACCGCGACGAUACGUACUUCCGUUCGUCAGAUGGCACGUUGACGGAUUACUCGCGCGGCGUUUUGAUCGCUAAUGCUGCCUGGGCGGCAUGGCGUAUUCUGCUAUUGAUCUUGAGCUGGUUCGGUCUGUGGGUCGUCAGUGGACACGGUUGCGCAGGGCUCUGUGGGCCCCGUAACCGCUGGGAGGAGGAAGAUGCGGAGAAGACCGUUUCGAUAUAUGGUGAUAACUACUCAUUCACCAACGCGUUCGAUGCACUCCCUUGGGACUGGCGCGCGGGUACUCGUUUGCGCGUCCAGCACGCGUACGAGUUUUGCCUCACCACCAAGCCGGGUCAGCGAUGGAGUUCGGCUAAGAAGGAGGAGCCCGACAUGCGCGAGCUGUUGGGUGUCGAGACCACCCCGGCCUUCGACACUGAUCAGAUUAUGGCCGCCGUUUACCCUCAGCAGUCACAUCCGCGUCGGCCUACUCUCAGUGAAGACUUGUUCCAGCGCCCACCAAAGGCCGAAGGCAUACCGGCGACUCCAUCGCCUGACAUUGUUCCGCCGAAGUUGGCUAAACGGAGGUCGAGGGAUCGGGAGGAGAUCCUGUCGGCAGUGUACCCCUUCACUGCCCAUGGCGCUCAGAUCUCAUCAAAGGAUGGGAUACCGUUCCCGCCAUCUCCAUCGUCUCGCAAGGAGAAGCAGUCGAUCAAGUCUCCGUCGCCCAGGAAGUCCCAUUCUAUUUCGGAGUUCGGAGAAAUCUCGGGCCUAGAGGCCGAGGAAGAGGGUGACAUUGUCGACGAGGAAGCAUUUGCGAGCAGCGAUGCCCAUCCCCGUACCUCUGGCUCUUUGUCGAGUCUCGGCCACCCCAUCGCAUCGCGUUAUCCUUUCCAGUUCCGCUGGCCAAAUCGUGGUGGUACCUCAUCUUCGUCCUCUCGGGGCGGUCACACCCACACGCAUAGCACCGAUAACGCGUUCAGCACGGUGUCCUCGAACUCACGCUCAGCGCCAUCGCGUGCAACGCAGAGCACCGGGAAUGCCGAGACAUCGUCCAAUGGCCCAUCACAUGGGCACAGCACGUCGAUGUCGUCGUCGAGCUACGGAAACCCCAUUCCGAUGCCGCCUCGGCAUCCGACGGCAGGACGCGGGCGGGCAAGGGCGGGCACUGUCCCUACUACGUCUCCCAUGUCUUCUUCGUCCGCUGUAGUCUACACCGGCACUGUGCUUCACGGCCGCAUUCGCACCGAUAGCGACCCUACGGACGACAGCCAUGGUCCCUACGGGCCGUACGGCUCCUAUUCGGACGCCGAAGAGGAAGAGGAGGGAAUAGGCGAAGACGAGAUGGAGAUGAUGGAGCAGCCAAUCCCUGAAGGACCUCAGGAAGCUGCUGAGGGCGAAGACAGUGUGGGCCUCUUGCGCGUCAACUCGCGCAGCCCGCGUGGCUCGCUCGUGAGCAGCGGCCGGAGCCGUCGUCGCCGUGCUCGCACCAGUUCGAUGUCCAACUCUGGGUCUGGUUCUGGUUCCAACUCGAAGUCGGGAUCGGGAUCCAAUUCACGGACGAGCUCGCAUUCCAGGCCCUCUCUCCCUCCACGGUCACGCGCGGGCUCCGCAGUCCGCUCGAGGACGCAGUCGCUCAUCCAGAGCCUCGGCGCGGCCUCGCGGUCUUCUGUAGAUGUCGUGCAGGCGAUUCGGGAACGGGCACGGACCAAUUCUUCGAGGGCACGGCUAGAAGACGACUACGUCUACUCGUCGGACGCGCCGACGCGCGGCACGCACUCGCGGAGUGGCUCCGAUGCGCUCUCGAGCGGGCAGGAGAACUACACGUUUGGCAGACCGAUGCUCCCCGAGCUCCGGGGCCCGUAUCCCGAGCGGAGGCUGCGGGAGGUGAAGAGCGAUCUAUCGGGCAGUGUCGCCGAGUCCAGAGGGACGCGGAGACACACGGAUAGCCUCGUGUCGGAGGCGCCGUCGCAGGCCACGCAGAUUUCACAGGCAGCCACUGAGCACCCGCCGCCGCGUCCGCCGCGCUCACCAAAGCGACUCAGCGCGGGUGCAGGUGCCAUCCCGAUUCCCGGUAAGGCGGACAGCGCGGGCAGCAGCAAGGUGGACGUGAGCACGGCGCCUGCGUCGUUCGUCACCGGGUCUGCCACUAUCGCUGGCAGCUCUGAUACGGGCGAGCAUGCUGCUCACCCGGAGCACUGGGCAGACACUAGCCACAUGAUACAUAGAGAUCAUCAUGGACCUGGCCCGGUGUGAUCGCCUGACUCUUUCUACUUUACAUUGUUUGCUUUUUCUUCUCUUGGACGCUACGAACCGAUACGACACAUGUAUCUAUCGUCGUCGAGCCGCCGCCGUUUUUGCUGGGCUGGUUGGGUGGUUCUGACGACUAUUGUUGACUUAUGAGUAUACUUGCAUCAUUGCUUUCGCGCUAAAACUUCUGCAUGAACACUGAGUUAUUUGUUGCAUAUUGUUCUCACUCUUGGUUCGUCAUGUCGCUUGUCUCACGUUCUCCCUUCCCGUUCCGAGUCACUUGCCUCCCUCUUCG